AUGUCGGAUCUUCUCCCCAACUUGGCACCCGACCUGGCCACCUUUUUAAACCCCAACCUUGAGGUGGCCCUUGAUUCGAUCAAAGAUGACCCCACCAUGAACUGGCCCCCCGCUACUGGGCCCGCCUCAGUCCGUACUUCCAUGGCCCAUCCUCGAUACAGUUUCAACACCAGGCUGGACUGGCCCGUGGGGCUCAAUGGCCAGCCCGCAACCAUUUGCGCCAACUCGCUCUCUACCCCCGACUUUCUCGCCAUAAACUGUUCCACCAUGUCCGAGGGCCCUGCCAUGCCCUUGCCCCCCAAGUCUCAGGCCGACCCCACUGGAUCCAGCUUGACCCCCGCCGAUCUACCCGAGGCGCUCCUCACCGAUGCCCUCUUGUCCAUGAACCCAACUGACCGCGACUCGGGCAAUUCAAGCGGCUCGAGCGGAUCGGGCGGCUUGUCCAGUGCCCGCUCUGACCCUGAUCUCCAAGCUGACCUCAACCCAAACUUUAGCCCUGACCUCAAACCUGCCUCCUCCACAAACCCUUCCUUCUCCGCGCCCUCCUCUUCCGCCAGUCACCACAACGCCAGUUCCCUUUCAGCAGCAGACCUCUCCGCUACCGACGAAGCCCUGCUUGCAGCAGCUCAGGCUCAAGCUGACACCAAUCUUCUCAGCUCAGAAGAACUGCAAACCGCUGCCCAACAUGCCGAUGGCUUUGCCUUUGAACUUGAGGACUUUGUUGUCUCCCUCAAUGAUUGGGCUGAUCUCAUGAACGCCACCAAGGCCGAGACCAGCCCCGCCCCCGCCACGACCAGCCCAGUCACCAGCGCAGCCAUCACCCCCACCAACACCUCCACCCUCACACCAGCCCUGGCAUCUGGUCAGGCGCAGCCUCCCGCCGCAGCCCCGGCGGUCACAGCUGGCCCCAGUCGCCGAAGCUCGCACGGCAAACAAAUGCCCCUGCCUAAAGCCGCCGCCCCUCCCUCAACAACCCGCAGACACACCCAGCCCGGCUCCGGAGUCAAUCUUACCGAACCAAGUGCUGCACCGAGCAUCAGCCUGAAUCAAUCGCUGCCGCCCAGCGAGCCUGGUUGGCAUCGUGCCGCAGACUUGCAAAGCAGCGACAGCUGCCUCUCUGAUUCAGACACAGAAGGUGCUCCUGGCGCAGGCUCGGCACAUGCAGCCCGCAGCCCGCAACGCAAACGCCCCGCCCACUCCACUCAUACCACUGGCACUGACGAAACACGGCCCAAGGCGGCCCGACGCCCCAAGUCCCGCCACUGCACCAAGCGCUUCGCCUCCUCGAGCAUCGACACGCUUAAGGAGUGGCUCUUUGCCCACACUGAUCGCCCUUAUCCCACAGACCAGGACAAGACCGAGCUCAUGCAGCAAACCGGACUGGACCUGAUGCAAAUUAACAAUUGGUUCAUCAACGCCCGGCGCCGACUGCUGGUCAAGGUCAACAAGCCCAGCCGCAACAAAACAUCCACGAGCCGCCCAAGCUCGCCCACCGCCUUUUGCAUUGAGAUCGACUUUGCUCGGGUUCGUCUUCGUUUGCACAACGCAGUGACGUUUUGUGACCAAUUGAGUCGCUUCUAG